CUUGCCGCCAUGCUUCAACUCAUCAACUGUUUACUCGAGAGGAGACGAAGACCAAGAAUUCCUUCAUCCAGAGGAGCAAAAGGCGAUGUUGAAGAUUUGUUUAAAGAAUUCAUUAACAAUGGAAAAUCCAAGACCUCAAUCGAAGGACAAUGUGAAGAAUCUGAACGAGAAACCGCGUAAUUCGCUCAUUGAUCGAAGGCAUCGGCUUCUUUCUGGCCCUCGAACUGCCUUCUUCUAAAACAAACGCUUUAUCAUGAAAGCGCCAUUUCAACAGCUUCAUAUUUGAAUAUACAAACCCUUGAUAUUGGUCAUUUUCAUGUCGUCAUCACGAUCUGGCUCUAUCUCGCUUGGGGAAGUUCUCAACUCCUUGUCACUAUUGUGGAGACAUGUUCAAUCAUAAUUUUUGGUUGAAUAAUUGCUCCUUUUUGUGUUUGUGAUAUUCGACUUGUAGUCUCAAGUGCUGAUAUUCUUCUUAGGAUAUUAGAGUCUGGCUUGAAGGGUUUCCAAUUAUUCUUCUGGGUAGAAAGAGUUGAAGCAUCUUGGAAAGGAUGAUUAUUUCUUACGAUAUGUGCUCUUCAAGAAAAGUUUUGGGGUUCUCAGAAGAGCAAACUGAAUACCCUACCCCAAAUUUAUGAAAUUUCAAAGGGUAGCCUCCGCAAAUGAUCCUUUUUAAGCCCUUUUUUUAUAUGUAGAACUUAGGCUUCUUUCUGUCUCAAAAAGAUUCAAACAUUGGAGUAAAUAUAUUAUCAUAAAGAUGGAAGGAAGGAGUGUAUCAGAAUUAUAUAGAAACGCAAGUGAGGAGCUAUUUCUUAAAUCAUGGGUGGAAAACUCGAUCGGAAUGUCAACACCAACCAUGGAGAUGAUGGGAUUUAAAAAUCUUUCUCAGAGCUUCCGUACAGAUAGUGAGGAACUUUUCAAAAGCUGGCUAACAAAUGGAGAGAAUGUCAACAACUUAUCAGGCCCCCCUUAUCGCACUCGACAGGCAUCAAGAAGGAUUUCAUCUGAGAUUGUUGAUCUGUCUAGUCCUCAGUAUGUGGGAAAGCAUCAGAAGAGAAUAAGCAAUGAAGGUGCAUCCACGGUUGAUGAAGUCCCAGGAGUUCAUCAACAAGCGUUCAGGAAUGUUGUGGAAAGUGAAGUGCAAGGUAGUAACCUAUAUCUUGCUAAGGCAUGGUUCCAUAGUUCUCAACCCAUGACAAGAAGUCGAUCAUCUGAGCUAAGGAGGAGGUAUGCUGCAAUGCAAAACAAUCAAACCUUAUUUGGUAUGGAGUCCAUGUAUGACUUGUCUGGGCAUGGAGUCAAUGCCAUGAAACUAGAUAUUACAAAUUCGCUGAGCUUCAAUGACCUUUCUACUUGUGAGAUUCCAAACCAGCCUGCAACAUUUGUAUCCCCAUCCAAUUCAUCGUCAUCAAUAUUCAAUGCAUCUAACAUGUAUGAUGUAGAUAAAAUUUCUUCUGUUGUGAAUAUGCUAAAGGGCACAUUAGAACGGAAGAAGCUAAAUAACCAGAUUGAUAAAGAGGCGCUGGAGGAUAGUUCAAACGCACAUUUUUGUGCUCAAGAAACUAUUGGCAACCCUAGUUUCAAUAGAAGUAGUGACAAUUAUAUACAUCAAAUACCAAACUGUCUUCAUGAAUUCUCUUCUGUUCAAGUCAAGGAUAAUAGAUCAGUAGAUCUUGGUUUUGAAGCUUUUGUAAAUCCUGUAAAUCCCAUCCAGUCAGGCAGAGUUUCUCAAGAACCUUCUCAAAGUGAAUCUUCUGCAGCAGCAGCAGUAGUUUCAUCUGGAUUUGAACCAUGUGAUGGUCCUAGCAAUUCAACUCAAACUCAUAGCAACGGUGAGAGCUCAAGGAAACAAGUUGCAGGCAGUCGAGGUUUAGAAAAUGGAUCUCGAUCUAAAGAUUUCAGAGAGAGAAUAAUAGACAACCUAAAAGAUGAUAGAAAGAGGGGGAGUCUAGUUCGUUAUGGGUCCGUAACAUCAGCUGCUUCAGUGGACAAAGGGGAUCCCACAAAGAAACGCCGGGUGGAGCGAUCACGAAAAAUGGCAGAGGCGAAGGAAAGAAAUAUGACACCAACUAUUCCGUCAGAUAUGCAAUCAGUUCUGAAGCGGUGUGAGACUCUUGAGAAGGAAGUGCGAUCAUUAAAACUCAAUUUGUCCUUUAUGAAUAGGAAGGAUUCUGAGCAGACUAAGCAGAUAGAGGAUCUUCAGAAGCAGAAUGAGGAUUUGGCAGAUGAAAAAGAACGCCUACUUGAAGAGAUUGAGAGGAUUCUUUCAGAAUCUGGAAGAAUGUAAGAAUUCAUAUCGACACUUUAUGGGAUUGAGACCCUUAUGUUAAUCAAAUUAUGUUAAGGCUACGCUUAACUAUAAGCAAAACUUCAGGAAGGGUCUAACAAUUAAUUGCAUUAGUAGUUUUGGGACAUAACAACUCCUUGUACUUGUAACUCUCAAAAACUUCACAAACAUAGUAAAUUGGUUAUUUGAUA